ACAUUCCCUUUAAUAUUCAUGGUCCACCUAGGUGCUGGCCGAGGUGCAGAGGUUGAAGGCGGAGGCCAGCAGGAUGGUUAAACUCCUCGCCCAGGAGAUGGAGGAGGAGGAGAAGGAGAUGUCCGAGGACAGAAAACGAACUUUGAACCAGGAGGUUUCCAGUCUCCAUCUCAUCCUCGAGAUGAGGACCUCUGAGCUGAGGACGCUCAGGGACAAGAACAAUGUUCUGGAGGACAAGAUGGAGAAGUUCGAAGUAAUCAAGGAGGAGUUAAAUAAAUCCAGAGCUCGCGUUGAGGAUUUAGAAGAACAGUUGAGGAUGAAGGACAGGAUGGAAAAGCAGCUAUCGUAUGAGAAGUGUGAGCUCGAGCAGAGUAUGGAGCAGAAGAGCAGAGUUGCUGAGAGGAUGAGUCAGAAUGUUGAGGAGCUUCAGUGGAGGAUCAGAAAUAAUUUUGAGUUGCCAUUGUCUGUUGUUGGAUCAGAACAGCCAUCUUCUCUUCCAGAUUGUUCCGCGCAUUCCAGGUCUCCAAUAACAAGCCCUGUUCAUAGACCUAGCAGUACCCCUCUCCCCAUCCUCGGGGGCAGAAGCCCCACCAACCUUUACUCCCCUUGCUACAGGGGCGACCAGUCGUCCAACAAGCAGCCAUCUCCCUCCGUCCUCAACCAGAAGAAUACUUUAUCUAAUGAACCAGGUUUUCCAUAUUUUGCUCCGACCCAACCCUCCUCAUCCUCCUCCACUCCUCUCUUCUCCGUAUCUGAAAAAGUGCAACCAACCUCGAGUGAGAAAUGCGGGAACAACAACCCUGAUUUAUCCAAAAAUAACAAGAGAGAAAACCAGCAAAAUAUUAAUAAGGAAACAACACCCAUCACUACCACCAUCCACAACAAUAACCCAAUGCAUACAGCAUUCAACAACAACAACAACUAUACAUCACAAAACAUUAAUAUUAACAAUAUAACCACGAGUAACACAUCUAACACAAUGCAGAGUAUGAGCCCUGCAAUCAGCUCCCCAACCCACCAGAAAUGGAACUGUUUCAGUGUUAGCAGAGAGAUGAUUGAAGCAACCUCGUUCCAACCAACGUCUCAGGAUGAGAAUGCUGCGACAAGUGAUUUCUCUCCGAGCUCGGACGGACUAGCGACGAGUCUUCCUGGAGAACAGGGUUCCGAAACCGACAAUAACCUUCAGGAGAACGACAGCGACAAAGAGCUGGACGAAGAGAGCGACAAAGAUGAUGUGGACAGCCUGGACGAAGGUUUGGGAGAUAUUUCCAGUGAGAAUGAGCACCCGGAGAGUCCACAACCUGAGAAGCUGGAUCAAGGAUCGGAGAAGGACGGAGCUCCUCUUAGUGAACGCAAACUAAGCAUCACCAGUCUUCAAAACUCUGAGAUGAAACUGGAAUUAUCCAACCCAACCGUGUCCCCCAGUAAAAUCCCGCAGAGCCCCACUAAAAACUCAGAUAACAGAUUACCGUCUAGAAUAUCCUUUGAAACCCCGCUCUAAACACUCUUAACCCAUAAACCCUUGAGUAACUGUCAUGGAAUAUCGCCUAGCUAGAAUGAUUAAAAAAUUACAAUUUUUUUUACAAAAAGUAGGCUCUACAUACUUAGAAGUGAUUGAAUUUAAUGUGAAACAAUCAAAUCUUUUUUUGUCAAUUGAACUAAAACCCCUUGCUCUUCCAUCGAAUUUUCUUUCUGGUAAUCUCUUAUACUUAAGGUAAAGGGAAAGAAUGCGUAAGUUUUUUGCAAAUGUAAUAAGAUCAGAACUAAAAGUAAUUUCUUUAAUUGUUCUAAUUUCAUUUUGUGAUAAAAUGAUGAAAUUGGUCCGGUUUCAACUUUCAGUUUACAAUCCCACAACAGGGUCGUCUUUUAUCUUUUCAUCUUUGGUAUUUUCUACAUGUUCUACAGUCUACAAGUAUAUACACCUGUCCAAGGGUAUAAUUCAUCUCUCAAAAUUCUAAACAUGAUCCACCCAUUGCCAUAACUAUUGAAAGAAUUCCACUCGUUGUAUUGCUGACGUGCAUCCUCCCCCCCCCCACAUCACAAAUGGCCAUAUCAUUGUUCAAAAUUGUCAAGACUUAAAAAAAUUGUAAUAACAUCAGGUUGAUUUUUGUUUAAGUUAAACCCCUAAAUUGAUUUGUUUUAUUUGAUAAGAUUCCUUCUAUCCCUAACCAAGAAAAAAAAUGAAUAAACCCUAGAAUUUAGGAUGAUGUUGAAAUUCAAUAAAAUUUUGCAAAACUUUA